AUGAGCAAGAAGGUGGGAUUUUUUAGGUGGCUAUGGCUAACAACUGCGCGCCACACUCUUUUCUUAACAAUUUCCUUUACUCGGACUAUAUCGUUGACUAAAACAAUUGGUCAAUGUUUGAACAAACCAUGGGGGAAUGAUCGUUUCAUCAUCUCACGUCAUUACAACCGCCACUGCUCGGACUCCAUACAAUCAUGGCGGCCAAUUAGCUACAAAAUUGUGAUUAUGACCCUAUACAACAAGGAGAUGGACCCGGCGGGUGUGGAAGUGGAAGUGGAAGUGGAAGUGGUGAAUCACCAAAACCAAAACCAAAACCAUGCGGUUCAACACCAGGUGGGAGCUUUGUAAGAAGGGUUGUUGUGGAAUGACUAAAAUGGGAAGGGCCGAAUGUUGCUAGUAGUACUAGAGGUUGUACUACAUCAAAUAAUGUAUCUGAUAAUCUGAAUCCCUAGUUUAGAUCAGAAAAUAAUAUUGAAAAUCAUUUCCACCCUUUUUGACUGCUUUUACUUAAAGUUAUAUGUAUGAGUAUGUCCAUAAUAAUUUUUUAUACAGAUCUCCGAAAUGUUCUUCAAAUCUCAGAGGAAAAGAUUCUAUCAUUAUAUUUGUCAAGAUUGUUCACAAGUUUAGGAGUAGAAAAAAAAAAUCAAAUUUGGCUAGCUAUCUUCAACUUACACAAGUGGCAUGAGAGCAUCAGCAAUGCAUAGUUCAAUCAUGCAUAGUUCAAUCAGAGAGUUGAAUGAGAUGACAUGUCUAAUUGACAUUCAAUGGAUCAAACUCUACCAUUGUGGGAUGUCAUGUUGGCCUUUAAUGGAUAUGAAGUUCAAUGGCCAUUGAACUCUUCAAUUGCCAUUGAACUCUUCAAUUGGAAAAGGAAACCUUUAAUUAUUAAUUAUAUAUUUCAUUGAACUCUAUUGAGUUCAAUGCAUUGUAGGAAAAUUAAUGUAGAUUUGUAUAGUAAGUAAAAAUGAUGAUGUGUC